AUGAAAGGCAUCCUCGGCCUUUCCGUGCUCCCGCUGCUGGCGGCUGCGUCGCCUGUCUUUGUGGAUACCAUUCACAAUGGAGCCGCGCCCAUUCUCUCUGCAUCCAACGCAAAGGAGGUCCCUGAUUCAUACAUUGUUGUUUUCAAGAAGCAUGUCACUCCGGUCUCGGCCGCCGCUCACCACAGCUGGGUGCAGGACAUCCACUCCUCUCAGAGCCAGCGGACCGAGCUGAAGAAGCGGUCGCUCUUUGAUUUUGGUGAAGAAGUUUAUCUUGGUCUCAAGAACACUUUCGAUAUCGCUGGAUCCGUGAUCGGAUACAGUGGUCAUUUCCACGAGGAUGUUAUUGAGCAGGUCCGCAUGCAUCCCGAUGUCGCGUACAUUGAGAAGGACUCAGAGGUUCACACCAUGGAGGCGGCGACCGAGAAGAACGCACCUUGGGGCUUGGCCCGUAUCUCCCACCGUGAUAGCCUCACCUUCGGCACGUUCAACAAGUACUUGUUUGACUCCGAGGGUGGUGAGGGUGUUGAUGCUUACACUAUUGAUACCGGCAUUAACGUUGACCAUGACGACUUCGAGGGCCGUGCCACUUGGGGCAAGACCAUUCCUAACAACGACGAGGACGAGGAUGGCAAUGGUCACGGUACUCACUGCUCUGGUACUAUCGCUGGUAAGAAAUACGGUGUGGCCAAGAAGGCCAACCUCUAUGCUGUCAAGGUCUUGAGAUCUAGCGGCUCUGGCACCAUGUCCGAUGUCGUCCAGGGUGUCGAGUGGGCUGUCCAGUCCCACCUCAAGAAGGCCAAGGAUGCCAAGGACGGCAAGGUCAAGGGUUUCAAGGGUAGCGUCGCCAACAUGAGUCUCGGUGGCGGCAAGUCGAAGACCCUUGAGGAUGCUGUCAACGCCGGUGUUGAGGCCGGUCUUCACUUCGCUGUUGCCGCAGGCAAUGACAACGCCGACGCUUGCAACUACUCCCCUGCUGCUGCUGAAAAUGCCAUCACUGUCGGUGCUUCGACCCUGGGUGAUGAGCGUGCUUACUUCUCCAACUAUGGCAAGUGCACCGAUAUCUUCGCUCCUGGUCUCAACAUCCUGUCCACCUGGAUUGGUAGCGACCACGCCACCAACACCAUCUCUGGAACUUCGAUGGCCUCUCCUCACAUCUGUGGUCUCUUGGCCUACUUCGUUUCGCUCCAGCCUGACGCGGACUCUGCUUUCGCCGCUGGCGAGCUUACUCCUGCCAAGCUCAAGAAGGAUCUGAUCUCCAUCGCCACCCAGGGUGCUCUUACUGACAUUCCCGACGACACCCCCAACCUUCUUGCCUGGAACGGCGGUGGUUCCAACAACUACUCUGAGAUUGUUUCCCACGGUGGCUACAAGGUUUCCACUAUCAAGGAUCGCUUUGAGAACCUGGUUGACAAGGCUGAGAAGAUGCUCUCUGAGGAGCUUGGUGCUAUCUACAGCGAGCUUCAGGACGCUGUCAUUGCAUAGACUUGCUGUUUUCCUACACAGACCUAGCUUGAGAGUUUUGACUUCAAGACAGCUUGAGAUCAAGACAAGAGCGGGUCGGACAUUGGCGCUGGUUUCUUUAUUUGCUUGCUUUGGAGAUGUUGAUGCAUUGACUGCGUCAAUUGUACCAUCCUGAUGUUAUUCGCCCGUCUGACCUAUUUUUAUGGUAGUAUACAUGUCCGCAAAGAACACUAUGACGUUUUGAUUUAGAAUUUUGGGUGCGAUACACAAAUUGCCAAUCUGAUACAUGUCAGAUGUUCCUG